AUGGAUAAUGGAGUACCUCACGAACAGGAAACAGAGGAUCACAGUAAGGAACGAAAUGUCAGGUUGCAGACCCGUGCAACACCUCGCCAGUCUGUUGCUCUUGCAGCUUGGAGAAGUGGCCCAGGCAGUUACAUUCGAGAGGUCAUUGUAGAACCCCCAGACACCUGCAGGAACCACCAAACACCUGCAGGAACCACCAAACACCUGCAGGAACCACCAAACACCUGCAGGAACCACCAGACAAAUACCUGCAGGAACCAUCAAACACCUGCAGGAACCACCAAACACCUGCAGGAACCAUCAAACACCUGCAGGAACCACCAAACACCUGCAGGAACCACCAGACAAACACCUGAAGGAACCACCAAACACCUGAAGGAACCACCAAACACCUGCAGGAACCACCAGACAAACACCUGCAGGAACCACCAAACACCUGCAGGAAGCACCAGACACCUGCAGGAAGCACCAGACAAACACCUGCAGGAAGCACCAGACAAACACCUGCAGGAAGCACCAGACAAACACCUGCAGGAAGCACCAGACAAACACCUGCAGGAACCACCAGACAAACACCUGCAGGAACCACAAGACAAACACCUGCAGGAACCACCAGACAAACACCUGCAGGAACCACCAAACACCUGCAGGAACCACCAGACAAACACCUGCAGGAACCAUCAAACACCUGCAGGAACCACCAAACACCUGCAGGAACCACCAGACAAACACCUGCAGGAACCACCAGACAAACACCUGCAGGAACCACCAGACAAACACCUGCAGGAACCACCAGACAAACACCUGCAGGAACCACCAGACAAACACCUGCAGGAACCACCAGACAAACACCUGUAA